CCCCGUCCACUUGGAGAGGCAUAGGGUUUCCUUGAGGACCUCGGAGGAACAUUCAAGGGGCUCGUAUCUGCACAAGACACAACCAACCAUGUCGGACGCGGUGGUUAGUUUCAUGAAGGACUUUUUGGCAGGUGGCAUUGCCGCUGCCAUCUCCAAAACAGCUGUCGCUCCCAUUGAGAGAGUCAAGCUGUUGCUGCAGGUCCAGCAUGCCAGCAAACAGAUCACCGUUGACAAACAGUACAAGGGCAUCAUGGACUGUGUGGUUAGAAUCCCAAAGGAACAAGGCUUCAUUUCCUUCUGGAGGGGCAACCUGGCCAACGUCAUCCGUUACUUCCCCACCCAAGCGCUCAACUUCGCCUUCAAAGACAAGUACAAGAAGAUCUUCCUCGGUGGCGUGGAUCAAAAAACACAGUUCUGGCGUUACUUCGCCGGCAACCUGGCAUCUGGCGGCGCCGCCGGCGCGACCUCACUCUGUUUCGUCUAUCCUCUCGACUUCGCCAGAACGAGAUUGGCCGCUGACAUCGGCAAGGGCUCCGCCGAGAGAGAGUUCACCGGUCUUGGAAACUGUAUCAGCAAGAUCUUCAAAACCGAUGGCCUCAAGGGUCUUUACCUCGGGUUCAACGUGUCAGUGCAGGGCAUUAUCAUCUACAGAGCAGCCUACUUCGGAUGCUUCGACACAGCCAAAGGUAUGCUGCCAGACCCCAAGAACACGCACAUCAUCGUCAGCUGGAUGAUCGCCCAGACUGUCACCGCCGCAGCUGGUCUUAUUUCAUACCCCUUCGACACCGUCAGACGUCGUAUGAUGAUGCAGUCUGGACGCAAAGGAGCUGACAUCAUGUACAAGGGCACAAUCGACUGCUGGAGGAAGAUCCUCAAGGACGAGGGAUCAAAGGCCUUCUUCAAGGGCGCCUGGUCCAACGUGAUCAGAGGCAUGGGUGGUGCCUUUGUGUUGGUGCUGUAUGAUGAGAUCAAGAAGUACACUGUAUAAUCUCCCAGUCCCCAAGGAAACCCCCUCGUUUUGCUUAAGUCUUAUUUCUUAUGAUAACAGCUUGGUGAAUUACAACAUGGGCUCGUUCCACUUUUUCUGAAACAGCCCCGGGAAGGUGGAUAGCUAUAGUUCACCUGGGUUAAUGUGACUCCUCAGAAAUAUGUACAUAUCCCACGCACGACGUGCCAAACAGCAGUCUUUCAGUAUGACAAAGUCAGGCUGGUGGAGAUGCAGUGAUGACCCAGAGGAUGGCAUCACUACUGGCCAUAGGCCCUCAUGUUAGUCCGUUUGUAAAGCAGUUACUGAGGGCCAUGUCUUAUUGUUGUGACCACAUUGACCCUUGUAUCCCAACUCAUACAUUAUUUUAUUAAGAAUAAAGAUUUACUAAUCUA